AAUUUCUCUUCUCUGUUUCUUCUUCUUCUUCAAUUUUCAGAUUUGAUAGCUCUCAAAAUCGUUAAACUACAGAAACGAAAAAGGAAAUUGCGGCGAUCUAAGGUUAAAUCCAUGGCUGAUGCACAUUUGAAGCAAAGAGGCUAUAUCUCGGCAGUUGCAGCUGGACUCAAUGCAGCUCUUGCAGCAAUCUCUGCUAAGUUCUUCACAUCUCUUGUGAUUAAGUAUGGAUUAGUUGUAAUCUGCAAUGUGGUUAUGUGGGCAUGUUAUGUAAACAGUUUAAGAGCUUUGUCCUCUCUACAAGCUACUGUCACAAACUUUGCUGCUAAUUUUCUAUCUUCUGGUUUAGCUGGUCUCUUUCUUUUUCAAGAAUCGUUAUCGUUUCGUUGGUUUGCGGGAGCUUUAUCGAUUACUACCGGAGUUCUUAUCCUCAGUAAGUCGAGUGUCGAUAAGAAGGUAAGCUCGGAUUAAUGGAGAAUCGAAUAUGAUAGCUUCUGUUUUGGAGAAGGCUGCUUUUGGUUGAAAGGAAUUAGAGAUGUUAAGUUGUUCUGAGUUUUGAGUUUUAGAGGUUAAGGGAAACAUUAUGUUUUAAGUAUGCCAAUUUGGUUCAAUUCUCUUGCAGCUAGAGUCUCUAAUUAUCUUGACAUUUCUCAGUUUUUGACAAACUAUUUUAGCAGCGUGUAAAAACCGACUAAGUGAACUGUGUAUGUUUAUAGAAGAACUGUUUCUAUAGUUCGUCAUAAAUAGUCGAGAGAAAGUAAAAAACGAA